CCAUACUGACAGCGACAACACACCAACGAUGAUUCCCAGCAGAGGGUUACAGCCCGUUCGCCGUGCGCAGCUUGCGGCCAGCGCGUCGCUUCUUGUACGUGCUGGUACGGCAAGACAGUUCUCCUCCGCUCAUCGACGGGCUACCCUCUCAACCGCCUCGUCGCUAUCACGACGGAUACAGCGGCGCCGACUCGACGCCUGCACAGUUCGGUAUGCGUCGUGGUAUGCCCCUUGGACCUGGGGUCGGUCCAGCACACCCGCGCCGGAGACUGAGGCUUCGCCCAUAGAAACCAAAGCCGACUCGGAGCCGCUGGCAGCACAGCAGAACCUUUCCGACCCCGCCGUUGCGGCCUCAACCCCGGAAUUGACGGCGACGACUUCAGCUCAGGAAGCCUCGGGACAAACUGUGUCCGCCGCAACGGAUGCUAGUCGUGGAAGUGUGGAAGAAUACCUCGACAAUGCCCUGGAGUUUAAAUGGGUCGACGACGCUGCAGCGACGGUUACCAAGUAUGGGGAUCUCAAAGCCAUGGGUCUGGAUUACGGAUGGGGACCCACAGCAAUGGUCGAGUGGAUGAUGGAGCACCUGUAUCUCGGUGCUGGGCUUGGCUGGGGCGCCUCCAUCAUCGCGCUCACGCUUAUCAUUCGUACCACAAUGUUCAAGCUGCAGAUGAAUAGCUCGGAUGCCAUGGCCAGGCUAGCGGCCAUCACGCCCGUGAUGAGGAAAUUGAACGCUGAGAUGACAGCGGCGAAGGCGGGGGGAAAAAUGGAUGAGAUGCAGGUUGUGCGGAGGAAGAUGACUAGGGUUUACAAGGUCAUCGGCGCGAAUCCCGCUAAGAGCUUCCUGCCUCUGGGGUUCCAGGCCGUCAUUGGUUUUGGGGCCUUCAGGUGCUUGAGGGGUAUGUCGAAUUUGCCGGUCCCGGACAUGACGCAGGCCGGUUUCCUGUGGUUCCAAGAUUUGACUGUUUCGGAUCCGUAUAUGAUUAUACCUGUGGUUGCAGGUGGUAUCAUGUAUGUGUCGAUGAAGAUGGGCGGCGAAGCCGGUCCGCAGUCUGACCAGAGUAUGGGCACCGAAGGCAUGAGGACCAUCGUUAAGGUCGGAAUCCCCGUCAUGAUGACUAUAGUGGGCAUGUUCCAACCCGCAGCUGUCCAGCUGUACCUCUUGUGCACGUCCACCACCAGCAGCAUAGCCGCCUAUCUUCUCCGCAAUGCCAGUUUCCGCCAAAGAUUCAACCUCGCCCCGUUGCCUACCAAGGAAGCCCAAGAAUUCUGGAACCAGGUUGCCGAUGGUAAAUACACCGUAGAGGAGGCCCUGCGCAUGACCGCCGAGAAGGGAAAGCUUCUGGAGGCAGGCCCCGUCGCCAACAAAGCCCCAACGCUCAAGUAUGAAGCCCCCCGUCUGAGAUUGAAGGGCGAGCUGCCCGCUCACAUACGUCCGCCAGCGCCCAAGGAGAAGGAGGUGUACGACGACCGGGACGAGGAUUUCGAUAACCCGCCCGAGAGGAUCAUGGACAGACUGGAUUGGUUUGGCCGGAACUACAAGCCGAGUUUUGUGUGGAAGCGGGCGAAGAAAUGGAUGCGUACGGCGUUUCGGAGUGGGGACGUGCAGGCGCAGCUUGCGCGGAGGAAGAAGGAGGAGGCAAAGAAGAAGGCGGAGGAGUAUGAGCUUAGGAGGAGGGCGAGGUUGAGGGGACAGUAAGACUAAGGGAGGGGAGAGAGGGUCGAGGAGAGAUUUGGAGGGGAGAUGUACGAUAGCUCCAUUGCCUCUGGGGGGAGGCUACUUCGUGUUUGUGUGAAUAGAUACUUCUUCGGGAGCAUAUGGUUGGAAAGAGAGAUGACGA